AGAGAGAGAGAGAGAGAGAGAGAGAGAGAGAGAGAGAGAGAGUGGUGGGCAAAAAAGUUGUUUUUGUACACAAUGUGGAUGGUGGUGAUGAUGGCCAUGAUUGAUUCUUCUCUACAAUCUUUUACUCAACCAUCACAAACAACAACAAACAUAGAAUCCUUCUUCUCUCUCUAAAAUCUCUCUCACAUCAACCAAACCAUAUACUAGAUUAAAAAGAAAUUCCCUCACCACCCAAGAUUUCUUAAAUCAAAGACACUCACCGUCUAUGAUCAUAUGAUUUCUUGAAUUAUAAAUACCCACAUGAAAAAAUAUUAAUUGGUUUGUAGUAAAUCUUUCUUUUUGCUAAUAUUGUUUCAAGAUUUCUUGAAUCAUCAACACCCAAUGAAAGAACAUCAAUUCUAGAGAGAGAGAGAGAGAGAGAGAGAAAGAAGGUAUGGAGAACAAGUGUGGAUGUUGGUCAGCUUUAAGGAGAACUGUUAGCAAUGGUUCUUGUAAACCCUCUCUUGAAUCAACAAGAAACUCUUCCACUUCUUUUCCAAGAUCCAGUCUUGUUUAUGAUGCAGCUACGGAGACCCGUUACUUGAAUGCUAGCAACAGGGAGAUGUGUGCUCCAAACGAACCACAAAACUCUUCGGAUCCGAAUCCAAACCCGGAUCCGGAUCCAAAUCAAGAACCGGAUAAAAAGCCACGUCAACUUCUUCAAUUCAGUUUCCAUGAACUGAAAUCGGCUACAGGAAAUUUCAGGCCGGAUAGCAUAUUGGGUGAAGGCGGAUUCGGGUUCGUGUUCAAAGGGUGGAUUGAGGAAAACGGGACCGCCCCAGCGAAACCCGGGUCGGGUAUCACGGUUGCAGUCAAGAGUUUGAAGCCUGAUGGUCUACAAGGCCAUAGAGAAUGGGUGGCAGAGGUUGAUUUUCUUGGACAACUUCAUCAUCCAAACCUCGUUAAGCUCAUCGGAUAUUGUAUCGAAGACGAUCAACGACUACUUGUUUACGAGUUCAUGACUCGUGGAAGCCUUGAAAACCAUCUCUUUAGAAGAACCAUACCGCUAACGUGGUCAAACCGGAUAAAAAUAGCAACGGGUGCAGCCAAAGGGCUAGCAUUCCUUCAUGGAGGAACAAAGCCUAUUAUUUACAGGGAUUUCAAGACCUCAAAUAUCUUGCUUGACACGGAAUAUAACGUGAAGCUUUCGGAUUUCGGUCUAGCGAAAGCAGGACCACAAGGAGAUAAGACUCAUGUCUCUACUAGGGUUGUUGGAACUUACGGUUAUGCCGCUCCGGAAUAUGUGAUGACAGGACACUUGACAACGAAGAGUGACGUUUACAGCUUUGGAGUUGUACUACUAGAGAUCUUGACAGGACGAAGAUCAAUGGACAAAAAACGCCCAAGUGGUGAGCAAAACCUUGUUAUGUGGGCCCGUCCAUACCUAGCUGACAAGCGAAAAGUAUAUCAACUAGUUGACCCUCGAUUGGAGCUAAACUACUCGGUGAAAGGAGUCCAAAAGGUUUCUCAAAUAGCAUACAAUUGUUUGAGCCGAGACUCAAAGGCCCGGCCCUCAAUGGAUGAUGUUGUUAAAGCCCUGAGCCCAUUGCAGGGCUUAAACGACUUUGCCAUUCUAUCUUAUCACGCGCGUAUGUCACAACAAGCUAGGCGUAAAAAGAAACAACCCGAAGGGACUCAAAAUGUUACUCUUAAUCAAUCCAAGUGCUUUAAUGAGUCCCCAAGGAGCUCGGGUAAGUAACAUUGUAAAUAGAAAUUGUAUGUACCUGCUAAUUUGCGAAUGUAUUUAGUCAAUUUAAAGACCUUUAUGGUGUAUGUUUUUGUGUGUCAAAUAUUUAACAAGGCUAAUGUUGGAUUGGAUUGAUGACUUG